AUGGCUAGGCCCAAAGGGAAGAUUCUGCAUCCUUCUAGUAGGAAAGUAAAGCAAAAAAUUGCAAGAAAACACCAUGCUAUUAAGGUUACAAAACGCAAAAAGAUGAGAAGAAGCAUGGAUGAAUUGAAAAGAACUAAGAUGCUGUGGUUCAAGGAGAACAUUCCACAAAAUAGGACUUCAUUAACUAUUGAUGAUCUUCGGUCCUUGAUCUUCAGGUACUUGCGCCGAUUCAAACUUGACAGCAAGGAAGAAGAAAGGGAAACUGAAAACUGCUCAAUUUCAAUGACAAUCGAUAUGACAAACGAGCUCCUGAAACAAGAAGCCCAAGAGUUCGCGACGACUGGGCUUUUGGUACCUGAUCUCACAUCGAAGCAGAAUUUGGAAAAGUUUAUGAAUUGGAAUGGUGAAGUCGAUAGAAUGGCAUCUAUCCCAUUGAUCCACGUCAAAAAAGUAUGA